AGCUCGGCUCGAUGACAUCGGGGUAUUUAACACUAGGUGACGCGCGCGCAGCCCGCUCAGUCGCACCAGACCCGCGACGCACGCGCAGCUUCAAAAUACAAGGGGUAGCGGAUUUAUUAUUCCCCUAUUGUUUUUAUACAAGAUCUCAUUACCUAGAUAUAAGUUCAAAGUAGCUACUACUGAAACCUCCCCGUCAUGGGGCACAACUUCACACUAUGGUGCGCUUUAGCGUUAGCGCUAUGCGCAUACGCUUUUGCGUCUCCUCGAGCGGGCUUCACGUUCGCCAGAAAUGCCGUCGAAACGAUUCCACAGCACGAUCCAAUUGCUGCACCGAUACGUGCCUCCGUUGAAAGCAUACCGUUAAGGAGUGUUCGUGAUGAGGGAGAUGAAAGACUGCCCCUUCGUGACGCUGUAGAAAAACGGCCGAUCUCACUGAUGGAACCCGGAUCAUCAUUCAAAAUUGUAGAGGAUGCUGAAAUCCUUUCAUAUGACGAUGGUUUAGCUGGAUUGAAAUAUUACGGCGCUGCUAAUCAUCUUAAUAACAGCACCCGCAACGAUGAGAGACUGCAGCUAGGAAAUGCUAACUUACAAGCGAUGCAGCAGACAGUGGCGGGUCCCACGGCGCGUCGCUUGGUGGUGUGCUACAUGGAAUCUUGGGCGGCCUACAGGGCACCGCCGCUGGCGUUCACAGCCGGCCUUGUGCCAAAUUCCUGCACACAUUUACACUACGCGUUCGCUACUAUGCACCCCCAUACAUACUCUGUUAUUCCUAACAAUGAGGACUACGAUGUCGUUAAAGGCGGUUAUCGCAUAGCUACUGGUCUAAAACGUCGCCUACAAGGUUUGAAAGUGAUGAUCAGUGUCGGAGGUGAAGGUACCGAUCGGUUGUUCAGCGAAAUGGUACAGGAACCAGUUAGACGAAGCAUGUUCAUAGAGAGCGCAGUCAACUUCAUGAGGGAUCAUGAUUUCGACGGUUUGGACCUUCAUUGGGUUUAUCCAGGUGAAGACGAGAAGGAAAAGGAUCUGCUGACGGCACUACUUUACGAACUCCGGGAAAAGUUUUCGUCAUAUGGAUUCCUACUUUCGACUGUUCUUCCUCCAUUUAGGUACCAGAUAGAAGACGGGUACGAUCUGAGUGCAGUGAGCGGAGCAACCGACUACACAGUAUUACAGGCAUGGGACAUGACGCACGGCAAGCGUGAGGAAGCUCCAUCCAGGGCUUUGCAGCACAGCGCACUGCAUAGAGACCCUGGUGCGGCGGCCAGGGACCAGCGAUAUGAUAACAUUGAAUUCAUGGUGAAGUUCAUCCUGCGUAACGGUAUGAAUGCUGAAAAGUUGGUCCUGGGAGUUCCAUUCUUUGGCCGAACUUACACUCUUGCACCGUCAACACUUCCCUCGCCCGGUGCUGCUGUCAGUGGGUGGGGUGAUGAAGGAGCCUAUACACAGACUAAAGGACUUCUUGCUUUCUUCGAAAUCUGCAUGGCUGAACGUGAAGGCAAAGGACCAACUGGUACUGAUGAGGCAGGGAACACAUUCGCUGUGUUCGACAACCAGUGGAUUACAUACGACAAUCCAACUACAGUUUUGGAAAAGAUGAAGUUUAUAGUAACUACGGGCUUAGCGGGGGCUGCAGCGUGGUCCAUUGAUAUGGAUGACUUCAGAGGACUUUGCGGUCAACCUUUCCCAAUGCUGAGCGCCAUUUCUACUACAUUAAACGGUGAGAAAACAACAACAGAUCAGUCUUCAUUGAAGAUAGGAUCUUGUGAAUCUGAGAAUGCAUACUUAGCAUCGGACGAAGACUCCUGUGCUCACUUCCACUUCUGUACCGGAGGCAUCAGUUACAGAAUGUCUUGCGAAGAUGAACGACUCUACGAUCCUUCCACCGGAUUCUGCGGGCACCAAGACGUUGCAAAAUGUAUGCCGGGACAGAGUCUCCGAAUUAGUGUUGAAGAUGCAGCACGUUUCCUAUCACAAGCAUAUGAAAACGAUUUCGAGUGGAAUGAACCUAUGAAAGACAUGAUAGCAAGUAAAGACCCAGAGCGUUUGAUUGCCGAAAUGGAUAGCAAGAAAAGUAAGAUAAACUGCUAUUACAAUUUCUGUUUCAACCAAAUAGAAAUAAAUCAUAUUCAUUUAAACUCAUUUAUUUUAUUUUCAGGUAAACAAAGUGACAAGCUUGUGGUCUGCUACAUGACAAGUUGGGCCUUCUACCGUCGUGGUGACGGGAAGUUUGUACCAGAGAAUGUUGACACCCGACUUUGUACCCACGUGGUAUAUGCUUAUGCCUCACUAUCCCCUGACGAGCUCAUUGCUAAGGAGUUCGACCCAUGGGCUGAUGUCACCAACAAUCUUUAUGAAAGAGUCACAUCAUUAAGAGACGUCAAAGUUAUCCUUGGUUUGGGAGGCUGGACAGACUCUGCUGGUGACAAAUACUCCAGGCUGGUAUCAUCAGAGGCAAACCGCAGCAAGUUUAUUGAAAAGUUGAUACCAUUCUUGCGCAUGCAUAAUUUCAAGGGUCUACAUUUGGACUGGAACUACCCAGUGUGUUGGCAGAGUAACUGCAAAAAGGGUGCUGUUUCUGAUAAAGCUAACUUCGCUAAAUUCGUCCAGGAAUUAUCUAAAGCUUUACAUGGAGCUAAUAUGGAACUUGGUGUUGCUAUUUCUGGAUACAAAGAAGUGAUCGAAUCAGCAUACGACCUACCAGUCCUUUCGAAGGCAGCUGAUUUCCUCAGCACCAUGACAUAUGAUUACCAUGGUGGAUGGGAGAGGUCUACUGGACAUCACACACCACUAGUCCCGUCACAAAGAGAUGCACUGGCCUAUUAUUCCAUUGAAUAUGCUGUCAAAGCCUUAAUAAGUGGUGGUGCAGAUCCCAAGAAACUUCUCCUUGGAUUGUCCUUCUACGGUCAGUCAUACAGACUGGCGAGCAUGAGUGGAGCGAAGGGACCCGGGUCACCUGCUGACGGCCCUGGUGAACCCGGAGAGUUUACCAAACAACCCGGAAUGUUAGCUUAUUAUGAAAUAUGCUACCGAGUAAAGAACUUGAGAUGGAAGACGGCUAGACAGGAAAAUGCUGGGCCUUACACCUACUCCGACAAUCAGUGGGUGGGAUACGAUGACCCCAAGUCUAUCACUGAAAAGGUUGAAUGGGCCUUACGGCAAGGUAUGGGCGGUGUUACCGCAUGGGCCAUAGAUUUGGACGACUUCAGCAACCGUUGCUGUGCGGAACCAUCUCCCCUGCUUCGUGCAGCUGGUCGUGCUCUCGGCAGAAGUGUACCUUCGCCACCGACAGCUGCUUGCGAGAGACCACCUGAACCUGUUACGCCUUCACCGCCUACUACUACCACUGUUGAGUCUGAUGGAUCUCUCGGCGGUGGCAGCCACGAUCACCACCACCAUGAGCAAACGUCCACCACUUGGCCGGGUUGGAACCCAUCCAGCACAACUCCGAGCACCCAACAGACUUGGUGGCCCGCAGCUACCACUCCUAUGACUACCACCACUUCUACUACUACUACGAAACGUCCUACCACUACCACUAAGCGUCCUACUACCACUAAAAAGCCUCCUGCUGAUUCUGGUACCCUAGAAGGAUCAUCCUGCAACGCAGGCGAGUACCACGCAGCAUCAGGCGACUGCGAGGGCUACCUGCAGUGCGAGGGCGGCGCGUGGCGCAAGCACCGCUGCGCCCCCGGCCUGCACUGGGCGGCCGCUGUCAACAGAUGUGAUUGGCCUAGCUUUGCUAAGUGCACUGAAACCGCAAGCAGCGCCGCGAGUACAGCGACAACGACACUGCAACCAAUAGCGUCGCGUCCUCCGCCUAGGCCUACUACCACCACUACAACUACUACUACUACUACCACUACAACGAGGCGUCCUACUAUGAAACCUACCACAACGCCAGCUCAAUCUGACUCAAGCCCCUCAGACGGGAAGCCAUGUGUUGGUGAACAAUACAACCCAGUCCCUGGUGAUUGUAACGCCUACCUCCAUUGCGACGGCAGCGUCUGGCACAUGCAGCACUGCGCUCCUGGCUUGCACUGGAGCAACAGCCAGAAGCAUUGUGAUUGGCCUAAAUACGCUAAAUGCGAAGUGCCAAAAUCAACGACAGCAGCUCCAAAGCCAACUCGACCAAGCAAACCUCCAACUACAACCACCACAACAACAACGACAACGAAAGCUCCAGCAUCUGGGUCACCAACUGAAGACGGAGCAUGCGGUGGCAACGAUAUGCAUGCGCCCGCCCAGACUUGCGACUCGUACUUGUUGUGUGUUGGCGGCCGCUGGCGCAAGCAACUGUGUCCACCUGGCCUCCACUGGGAUAGGAGGACCCGAAGAUGUGAUUGGGUCGAAUUCGCUAUGUGUGAAGUGGGCAAACCAUCCAAGUCACCGCUGCCACCGACGACCACCACUACCACUACAACUACUACUACCACCACGACCACCAGACGUCCCAUCACACCCAGACCCACUCGGCCUACAACCACUAAGAAACCUCUCGCUGAUGAAGCUCAAGUGCCUGGAAAGGGUUGCACCACAGGCACGUACCACGCUCAUCCAAAAUGUGAGAAGUUCUACGUGUGCGUGAACGGAGUGCUCAUCGCUCAGAGCUGCGCCCCCGGCCUCGUGUGGCGGCCUGACCGCUCCCAGUGCGACUUCCCUUCCGCAUCAUCUUGUUCCGACAAGAGGCAGAGCGACUCUCAUGACACGGACUCGAGUUCACAGUCUACUGUCAUGCAGCAGCUCAAUGAAGCACCUCCUAAAUACUGUGAGAGUGGUGCAUACGCUCCGUUGCCGUCAGACUGCACGCGUUACUUGCACUGCUUGUUUGGCACAUUCCAAGAGUUUGCCUGCAGUGCUGGUUUACAUUGGAAUCAGGAGAAACAAAUUUGCGACUGGCCUAAGAAUGCUAAGUGUAAACGCAAAUCAAGUCCGCCUACCACCACCACCACCACUACUACUACUACAUCGACAACUACUCCCCAACCUCUUGAAGCGGAUGAUAUUGCAGUCGUAGUGCCGGAACAUGAACAUAUCCAUGAGCACAUACAUGAGCAUCCUCAGCCCACACCAGUGAAACCAAUGGCUUUACCGUCAAGCGGAACACAACCCGACAUUAGCUCCAAACCAGCUCUCCUAAACUCUCGUUAUAAACUGGUGUGUUACUACACCAAUUGGUCAUGGUACCGCCCCGGGAUCGGCAAGUAUAGUCCAGAGGAUAUCGACCCAAGUCUUUGCACGCAUAUCGUGUAUGGAUUUGCUGUUCUCGGCGAUGAUGGUCUUAUUAUGGCCCAUGACUCUUGGUCGGAUUAUGACAAUGGUUUCUAUGAAAAGGUUGUGGCAUACAAACGUUACGGUAUCAAGGUGUCUCUAGCUAUUGGCGGUUGGAAUGACUCAGCAGGUGACAAGUACUCCAAGUUGGUCAAUGACCCGGCAGCUCGCGCCCGAUUUGUCACACACGUAGUGCAAUUCCUCGAGAAAUACGGUUUCGAUGGAUUAGACCUCGACUGGGAAUACCCCAAGUGUUGGCAGGUUGAUUGCUCAAAGGGCCCAGAUUCCGACAAAGAAGGUUUCGCUGAUCUAGUACUUGAACUAUCAGCUGUGUUCAAGCCUAAAGGUCUGCUUCUUUCUGCGGCCGUAUCUCCUAACAAGAAGGUUAUAGACGCUGGUUACGAUGUACCCGUACUGGCUCGCCAUCUCGACUGGAUCGCCGUCAUGACGUAUGACUACCACGGACAAUGGGACAAGAGAACUGGACAUGUUGCACCUUUGUACUAUCACCCUGAGGAUGGCACUACUUACUUCAAUGCGAACUACACAAUCCAUUACUGGAUGGCCAAGGGAGCACCAGCGAAUAAACUUGUCAUGGGUAUGCCGAUGUACGGUCAAACGUUCACUUUGGGCGAAGGCAAUGAUUCGCCACAAUAUCUCAGUGCAUACAAUGAGGCUACUGGCUUGAACGCCCCAGCUUCAGCGGGAGGCGAAGCCGGCGAAUAUACUAGGGCUAAAGGCUUCUUGUCUUAUUAUGAGAUUUGCGACCGCAUCAGAUACAAUGGAUGGAAGGUUGUUAAGGAUCCUCAGCAGCGUAUGGGUCCUUACGCCUACAAGGGCAACCAGUGGGUUUCGUUCGACGACGUUGAAAUUAUAAAGAAGAAAGUCAACUUCAUUAAAUCCCUCGACCUCGGCGGUGGUAUGGUCUGGGCUCUUGAUCUUGACGAUUUCAGAAAUAGAUGUGGUCAAGGAAAGCAUCCACUAGUGAACGCAAUCAAGAACGGUUUACUGGAUCCUAAUGUUGAAGAAGAAACAAUAUUAUCUGACCAAAUUAUCGAGCCUCCUAAUGAAAUAGAUGAAGGAUCUGAUGAGGAUGACAUUCAAGUAAAGCCUAUCGCCAAACCGACGCAGAGACCGACACAGAGACCAACGCCAAGACCGACGCAGUUGACCACUCAAGUACAACCAGUUGUCACCACUACUAAAAAACCCGUCACUACCAUCAGUACUGCUCUGGAAGACCGUUACAAGGUCGUCUGCUACUACACUAAUUGGGCUUGGUACAGACCGGGUCCCGGAAAGUUCACACCAAGCGACAUUGAUCCAUCGCUUUGCACCCAUAUUGUGUACGCUUUUGCUGUCCUCGACACUAAGCGACUCGUGAUCAAACCACAUGACAUCUGGUUGGAUGUCGAAAACAAAUUCUACGAAAAGGUAGUGGCACUUAAAGAAAAGGGUGUUAAAGUAGUCCUUGGAUUGGGUGGAUGGGAUGACUCGGCAAGUGACAAGUAUUCACGAAUGGUGAACAGUGUUGCAGCACGAAGAAAGUUCGUUAUCCACGCUAUCGAUUUCAUUGAACAAUACGAAUUCGAUGGAUUAGACCUCGACUGGGAAUACCCUAAGUGCUGGCAAGUAAAUUGCGAGAAAGGCCCAAGCUCCGACAAGCAGGGUUUUGCAAGUCUCGUCAAGGAACUCCGAGCUGCCUUCAAGCCUCGUGGCUUAUCCCUUUCAGCAGCCGUCUCCGGCAGUAAACGAGUUAUUGACGCUGGCUACGAUGUUGCCACGCUGUCUAAGAAUCUGGACUGGAUUUCACUAAUGUCAUACGAUUACCAUGGUCAAUGGGACAAGAAGACCGGACACGUAUCACCAAUGUACGCUAGCGAAGGAGAUGAUGACAAAACUUUGAAUACGAACUUCACCGUACACUACUGGAUUAACAAGGGAGCGUCGCCUGAGAAACUUAUUUUGGGUGUUCCUUUCUACGGUCAAUCAUUUUCUCUGGAAGAGAACGCUGGCUCCGGCCUCGGAGCACCUGCCUACGCGGGCGGAGAGGCUGGCGAUGAGACCAGAGCUAGAGGCUUCUUGUCCUUCUAUGAAAUUUGUGACCGCAUUAGAGUGAGCGGCUGGAAGGUGACUCGUGACCCGGGGGGCCGCAUGGGUCCUUACGCCAGCUUUGAAGACCAAUGGGUUUCGUUCGAUGAUGACUUCAUGGUGCGUCACAAAGCGGAAUAUGUCCGUUCUAUGGGACUUGGAGGCAGCAUGGCAUGGUCUCUGGACCUUGAUGACUUCAGUGGCAGAAACUGCGGCUGUGGAAAGUCACCGCUUCUGGCUACCAUUAAUCAUGUGCUGCGUGGCCUUGAGGCGCCGCCGAGAUGUUCGCUAGAAGAACUACAACCCGAUAAUGCAGAAGUAGAUACAGACGUGUCAGUCGUGCCAAUCGUGACACCUGAAUCUGAAGUUGUUGAACCAGACGACAUCCCAGUCGUAUCACCAGUUGAAGAAGUUGACACUGAUACCAAUAUCGACACUGACACCGACACCGACACCAUUACAGGCACAGAUUUAGACACCGAUAACAAUGGCCCAAGUCUUGCAGGAACCUCUUGCACUGGAAACGUUUUCAAGGCUGACGAAAAUAAGUGCAGCAAAUAUUACUUGUGUCUCAACGGUCAAUGGAUGGAACUGGAGUGCCCUUCACCUCUACACUGGAAUAAGAACCACUGCGACUGGCCAGAAAAGGCUCAUUGCAAAACAAAGGCUGCGUUGCGACUAACGGGAAUUGAACCCGAAGAGAUCCAAGACGACAAACCUAUUGUUGGAUGCUACUUCACCAAUUGGGCUUUCUACAGGCCUGGCAAGGGAAGUUUCGGACCGGAGCAAGUAGACCCAACCGCCUGCACACACAUCAUCUACGCAUGGGCUUAUCUGGAUGGCAAUACCUUUAAUUUGGUACCUGGAAACAAAGAGUUAGAUUUGGAAAAUGAUUUCUACGGCAAGUUGACUCAAUUGCGCCAAACAGGAGUAAAAGUGAUUAUUGGCGCUGGAGGCCUCAAAGACUCUGAAGGUAGAAAAUGGAACAAAAUGGUAUCAAGUCCACAAAACAGAAAGACCUUUGUGGAUUCAGUGCUGAAAUUCUUGCAAAGAUGGCACUUUGACGGUGUUCAGAUUGCUUGGCAAUAUCCGGGAUGUAAACAAACUCCUUGCACAAAUGCUACAGUCGACUACAAAGAAAGGGACAACUUUGCCAAACUCCUUUUAGAGUUAUCACGGACUAUACGUCCUCAAGGUCUGGAGCUGUCAGCCAUGGUGGCGGCUUCACCAGAAAUUGCUCAAUCAGCAUACAAGCCUCACAUACUAGCGUCAGAGUUAGAUUGGGUGUCGAUAGCAGCUAAUGACUAUUACGCGUUCUCUACUGGAAAGACUGCGCAUUUGGUACCACUUGAAUCAAGUUCCACUAAAGGAGUCAGUAGUAUGAAUUCUUCCCUCACAUACUGGACGAGCAUCAUGCCACCACGUCAGGUAGUCCUGGGCCUGCCGGCGUACGCGCGUUCGUACAGCCUGCGCAGCGCCACCAGCGCCGCACUCGGUGCGCCCGUCACCGGCCCAGGCGAGCCCGGGCCCUACACUCGCGUGCCUGGCUUCUUGGCCUACUACGAGGUGGCAGACGAUUUAGCAACACGGACUUCUGAGGGUACAUACAGCGUGCUCGGCAAGCAGUGGGCGUCGUACCUCAGCCCGUUGGACGUGGGUCGUGCCAGCGCGGCGGCCCGGCACGCGGGGGCCCGCGGCGCCGCGCUGUGGGCGCUGGACCUGGACGCGCGGGGGCCCUGCGCCCUGCUCAGCGCCCUGCGCCGCGCACUCACCGAGCCCGACCUGCCGCUCGACAUGUGCCCCGCCGCCUGAACCACUAACUACCAUCAAUCACACUCACCCACAACCAUCAUUACUAAGAUCGGUGACUUUUUUGUAAAAAGAACCGAUUGAUCAUGAGACUGUUCCGUGGGUGCUUAUUUGCAUAAGACUUAAUUUAGUUAAAAUUAACGUAUUUACUCGACCGCUCUAGCUCUAGACCGGUGAUGUUAAGAUAUUGUGAUAUUUUUGUGCCGUAGGCCUAUCGCUUACGCAGUUGAGUACAGCAACUGAUCUUUUUAAUUCCUUGAUUUUUACUUGACCAUCAGGGCAAUUAAACGAUUUAUUCGUAAUACGAUUAAGUAAGAGUGCAAGGAAUUGUUAUUAUGUAUGUCUUACCUUAAAAUUAGUGUACAAAGAUCCCUGGCCAAUUAAUUAUCAAUAAACUUUUAGAAAAAACAGUAUGUACCUCGUUGAAUACGCAUUAGUGUCGCGUAGUUACCAAAACUGUAUACUCCUUACUACGAAUAGAUUAAAUAAUACUACGAUUCAUGACUGAGCGAUAAAAAAAUAAAAUAUAAGUAUUUGAAA